AUGUUCGAGAUGGACUGGGACGUGCUUGUCCUCUUUUGCCUUGCAAUGUAUCUCGUUGUGAGCAUCGUCUUUGCUGCACUCUUCUACAUCACUGGGGCUGUCUAUGAACAGAUGCUGGGGGAUUCUCACCUGUCCCUGCCAGAGGCCUGCUUCUGGCUCAGUGUCACAAAUCUGACCACCAUUGGCUAUGGCAGCAUCAGCCCUGACACUCAGCUGGCUUAUAUCGUGUGCACAGUGGAGCAUUUUGUGGGCAUCAUGAUGUCCUCAUUGCUGCUGGGGAUUGUGUUUGCAAAGGCAAGCAUGCCCACCAAUAAAACAGCCUUCAGCAGGGUGUGUCUCAUCACUGCCAGGAAUGGGGUGCCCCAUUUGCUUAUACGCAUCGGAAAUACUAGGGGAAACUUCCUGCUGCACCCGGAGGGGAGGCGAUGCGAAGUGACAGACCCUACUGCCAUCGCCCCCAGCCUCAUCAUUGCGCAUGAGAUCGAUGAGGCCUCUCCCCUGCAUGGCCUAACAGCGGAGGACAUCCGAGCCGCAGAGGGGGCCAUCUUUGUCAGUGUGGCCGCCACCGAUGACAACAGCAAACAGUCCGUGAUUGCACGCACCAUUUUCCGUCCAGCAGACAUCCUGUGGAAUCACCGCUUCCAGGACGUCCUGGUGCAGAAGGAUGGCCGCCAGUUUGUCGACUUCACAAAGUUUCAUGACACUGUCCAGAUCGAAGAGCAGCGUAAAGCAGAUAGCAGUGGCGCACAGCAGAUGCCGCCAUACUAUGCAAACCAGAGAGUGAAGCAUGCGGACAUCCUGGGGAAGUCUGGGGACAUGCAACUCAGGCAUAGAGGCGCACAGCUGAAGAGCAUCCCUGAGGGUGCUGAGAAGCCAGAACAGCACCAGGGCAGCUCAGCCAAGGGCUAA